CGGCGCGCGGCCUGGGCUCGCGCUGGGCUCCGCGCGCCCCCCGCCCCCUAGGAGGCAGAGGCCGCGGCGGCCUUUAGCGCUGUCGCUCGGGGGGCCGCGGCGGGCGGGGCUCCGGCUGGGCCCGGCCUAGACCCCACCCCAGCCCGGCUCACAGCCGCCCGCCCUCCCUCAGUCUCUUCGAUGCAGGGGGCCGAGCUGCGGGAUGGCGAGGCGGCGGCGGCCGCUUCAUACCGAGUCUUGAGCCGCCUCCUCGGCUAUGGAGACGCGGCCCCCGAGUCAGGCCCGCCGCCGCCGCCGCCGCCGCCCCCGGGCCAUUGCCAGCAGCCGCCGCCAUCCUUCCUGGCGCGGCCAGGCCCGCGAGGCUCCCGGCCGCCGCAGCUGAUGGUGUUCCGCAACGUGGGUCGGCCGCCGGAGGAGGAGGACGUGGAGGCGGCUCCGCAGUCGGGAGCCUCGGAACUGCUGUGUUCCCGGCACCGCUGUGCGCUGGACCCCAAGGCCCUGCCGCCUGGCCUGGCUCUCGAGCGGACCUGGGGGCCGGUGGCUGGACUAGAGGCGCAGCUGGCGGCGCUGGGGCUAGCGCAGUCGGCGGGGCCGGGAGUGAAGGCGGCCGGGGCGGGCUGCUGCCCCUGCCCGUGUCCCCCGCAGCCGCCCCCGCCGCAGCAGCCCCAGCCGCUUGCUGCCGCCCCGCAGGCCGGGGAGGACCCCACGGAAACGAGCGACGCGCUGCUGGUCCUGGAAGGCUUGGAAUCGGAGGCCGAGAGCCUGGAGACUAACAGCUGCUCAGAAGAGGACCUCAGCAGCCCGGGUCGGGGGCCAGGAGGGGGUGGCCGGCUUGUGCUGCAGCCCCCGGGUCCCGAACUGCCUCCGGUGCCCUUCCCGUUGCAGGACUUGGUCCCCCCUGGGCGCCUGAGUCGAGGGGAGCAGCAGCAGCCUCCUCCCCCGCCGCCGCCUCCCGGGCCCCUCCGGCCCCUUGCUGGCCCGUCUCGGAAGGGCUCCUUCAAAAUCCGCCUCAGUCGCCUGUUUCGCACGAAGAGCUGCAACGGUGGCUCGGGAGGUGGGCAUGGGACCGGCAAGAGGCCUUCUGGAGAUCUAGUUGCUUCAGCUGCGAGCCUGACGGACAUGGGAGGCUCUGCGGCCCGAGAGCUGGAUGCGGGGAGGAAACCCAGGUUGACAAGAACUCAAAGUGCCUUUUCUCCGGUCUCCUUCAGCCCCUUGUUCACAGGUGAGACAGUGUCGCUUGUGGACGUGGACAUUUCUCAGCGGGGCCUGACCUCUCCACAUCCUCCAACUCCCCCUCCUCCUCCACGAAGAAGCCUCAGCCUCCUAGAUGAUAUCAGUGGGACGCUGCCUACAUCUGUCCUUGUGGCUCCGAUGGGGUCUUCCUUGCAGUCUUUCCCCCUACCUCCGCCUCCUCCACCCCACGCCCCAGAUGCAUUUCCCCGGAUUGCUCCCAUUAGAGCAGCUGAAUCCCUGCACAGCCAGCCCCCCCAGCACCUCCAGUGUCCCCUGUACCGACCUGACUCAAGCAGCUUUGCAGCCAGCCUUCGAGAGUUGGAGAAGUGCGGUUGGUAUUGGGGGCCAAUGAAUUGGGAAGAUGCAGAGAUGAAGCUGAAAGGGAAGCCAGAUGGUUCUUUCUUGGUACGAGACAGCUCUGAUCCUCGCUAUAUCCUGAGCCUCAGUUUUCGAUCACAGGGUAUCACCCAUCACACCAGAAUGGAGCACUAUAGAGGAACCUUCAGCCUAUGGUGCCAUCCCAAGUUUGAGGAUCGCUGUCAGUCUGUGGUAGAGUUCAUUAAGAGAGCCAUCAUGCACUCCAAGAAUGGAAAGUUCCUCUAUUUCUUAAGAUCCAGGGUACCAGGACUGCCACCAACUCCAGUACAGCUGCUCUAUCCAGUGUCCCGAUUCAGCAAUGUCAAAUCCCUUCAGCACCUUUGCAGAUUUCGGAUCCGGCAGCUCGUCCGAAUAGAUCAUAUCCCGGAUCUUCCACUGCCCAAACCGCUGAUCUCUUAUAUUCGAAAGUUCUACUAUUAUGAUCCUCAGGAAGAGGUGUACCUGUCUCUAAAGGAAGCGCAGCUCAUUUCCAAACAGAAGCAAGAGGUGGAGCCCUCAACGUAGCGAGGGGCCCCUGCUGCUCACCAUGAAGGGCAUUUGGUUGCCAAACUCCAGUUUGAAGAACCAAAUUGAAGUUACCACAAAAAGAAGAACUUGGCAAAAAAGAGAGAAUAGAGAGGGUUGUGAUUCUCGGCACAGACUUUGGUUCCCCUGCAGCCUUGGGGCUUGGAAGAAGCACACAACCAUACUCUGUAUGGGGCUCCACCAUUCUAUCCACCCCUGUGGUACCCAGAACUAGAUGAGCUCCUCGGGAAAACUGGAAGAAGUCUUAACACUGUUUCUUUUCAGAAGUUUUGUUUUAAUAUUUGCAUUUCACAGUGUGGAAAACUCACCUUGAAGGCAGCUGGGAUUUGUUCCCAUUGAAUUGGAACUGAUAUGAAGGAUGAACAGGUCCAAAGAAAAGUAGGGAGGAGAGGGGUCAGUUGUUUAACUGCUGCCAGAGGCAGAGGUAGCAUCUUUGCCAUGGAUCUGGAGGAAGGGAGGAGGAGCCAUAAAAGGUACUGUACAGGAUUGGGAGUUUCUGAGGGAAGGGAACUUCGCUUCACUUUGCCAGUUUCAAUAGGGAAGAGGGAGGGUGGGUGGAAGAGGAGAUUAUCAGACAGAAACUGGCAAUCCUGUUUGCUAGAAGUAGUGACUCCCCAUAUCCUUUCUUUUUAAGGUUUACAAAACCUGAUUUCAGAAUCACCUCUCUCGGAAGCUAAAUUCAUUUGCUUUGCUAAAUUCCUUAAACUUUGUGACCUAAGGCUAACCUCAUUUUCCCUCCACCUUCAGCCCCUUCCCCCUCCAUAACUAUACAUUUCACUCUGGUCAUGGUAAUGUCCCUCCUAUUGCUUCUGCCAGCUGUCAAGGCAGAGGCAUUUCUUGUGACCUGAGCGGUUCAGAGCUCCAAUCUUGGGCUGUUGAGGUUAAUGGAGCAUGUUUCCAGCUUCUUUGUGGCAAAGCAUACCCACAGCUGAGGAGUCAGUGUUACCUCUGUCAGCUAGUGAGAGGAAAUGUGGAGGAAGGUGAGAAACAGCUAUUGUGCUCUGUCUAGAGGAGCCUGUGAGCCUCAGCCUUAAUGAGAUUUCCAUAGUGGAGAGAGAGUAUUGCAUCUCAUGAUUGUAGGCUUAUCAUUGUCAUCUUGCCUCUGAGAUGGGAGGUAGCAAGGGCUUCUUCAUUUUCCCAUGUUUGUACUAGCAACCCAGACAUUUCCCGAAUCAGACCCCGUUGCCCUUCAUUUAGUGGGAAGUCUGUCAGAUGCUGGUUUGAGAGUUACCUGUUUUCCAGGUAGAUGUGGAGGAGGGAGGAGGAAACCUCGUUGCUUUUCAGUGGUCUUUAUGUAUGCAGCUGGCCACAGCCACUCAUAUGCCAUGUAAAUUUGCUCUUCUAAAGAGUUACUCUGGUAAACAUAACUGUCAAGAUGGAACAGUUGAGCUGUUGGGUCUUCAUUACUCUUUCGUAGUAGUCUAUGUGACACCUUUUGGGUUCCCUUUGCUUAUUACCUGCCUCAUACCUCAAGUUAACAACAUCAGGCUUGUGGUUUCCUGAUGGCUUCGGCCUUGUGUCUUGGUAACUUACAAAACUGGAGAGUGUCCUGUGUGCUCAUUCCCUGCAUGGAGUCACCUUCCUCCUACUCUUAGCCAAACAGAGGAAACACGCUUCACCAACUGGCUGUAAAGAAUUGUCCCACAGCUGAGCUGUGCAGCAUAAGUCAGCCCACUUCUGGCAUGUCUUGUGGUACCUCUUCCUUCCUUGGCUUCAAGGGCAGCAUUACCAACAGUAUAAGAUCAUGAUCCAGAGGUUGGCACACCUGUGAGUUCUGCCUUCUUUCAGAAAGGGCCAUCCUGCAAGAGUCCAAAGUCUGGAAUCCAUAGAGAUCUUCAACUGGUUAAUAUGCAACUCCAGGGGAUUCUUUCUCCCAUUUCACACACUCAUAAUUUAAGUUUUAAUUUUUAGUCACUAUUUUCAUGGCUCUGGGCUAGGAAGUGUGGAAGACAUACCAAGGUAGAAGACAUGGCAUGAUCCCUGGCCUGAGAGAACUUUAAAGUGACUGUUGUAUAUUAAGUAAUUGGAGAACAACUCAGUGUGGUAGGACUGUCUUUAUACAUAGAGUGGGCACAAUCAGGGUAGACCAGAUGGUCUGGGAAAGCUCUGUGGUGAUGAGACUUCAGGUUGUAGGCAAGGGCAGUAGUAUGACAAGAAGAGAAAUACAUGGACUAAAGCGAGGAAGCAGAAAUCUGUGUCCAUGUGCAGGGCAGUGCACAGCCCCCUUAGAGAUAACAGCAUCACAGAGUCCUACUUUACUAUGGAGGUCUAGACAGCCUUCCUAGUAAUCAAGCAGGUCUGAAAGCUGAGGGGAUGUGAAGCCAAAGCCAGAAGUCAGUGGAUAUUCCCUGUGGUACUGGGGUUUCUACUGGAGAAUUCAUUCACUUGGGAGCAAAACCAGACCUGCUGCAGUCAGCGUGGCUAUCCUCAGCGCCCCCCCCCCCCCAAUCUCUACCCUUGGGAAGAGUUGUACUGUGCUCAUGAUCGGCAUGUGCUUUAGUCACAGCCCAACUAGCCUGACCCUUCCUCAGCAGAAUGGGCUACAAAACAGUAGUGUGGAAGAUGUCUCCAUCAGGCAUGAUUUGGCACCAGUAGGGGUGUAGAAGAAUUUAAGUGAGGAGUCAGGUAGAGUAGGAGUAGUUGACUGUGCUGAAGGCUGGCUGGAAAGGGAGCAGGAGCUAGGCAGACAGUUGGCUUGGCCCUGACCCUUCUCCUGAGGUGGGCAGUGCUGGUGGAAAUGCAGUCCACAGAGGGGACUUACUCACCUCUGGUUGUUGUGUGCCAGUCACAAACUGGGAAAGGCCCUCAUGUGUAGAGACCUGCUGUGAUUUCUAGGUUGUGGUUGGGGGUGUCACUACUCUCAGGUCUUGCCUAUGUCACCUUCACUUGUUUAUGACUGAUCUACUGUAACCUUCAAGAUGGGUUUGUGCCAACGUAAGCUAGUGACAACCACUGCUGCAGCCUUCUGUUACUUGAAAUCCAUGUCUGUGUUGGGAGCACAGGUAUAGGAGGCCGGGGACUCUGAUGUUGGGGACUAGGUAAAUGGAUGACAGCUGGUAGGUAAUGGAGUUUAAGCUGAUCAUGGCCUGGUUUCCCACCAGUGCCAAGGUGAAAUAAGUAUGGAUGGUAGUGCCAGCCUCUUGAGAAGAAUGGCUUGACAGUGUCCCUUUGACUCCUGCUCCUCCUCUCACACUUCUGACUUGGGCUGAGUGUAGAAGCCACUUGUUGAUACAGGGGUGAUGUGGGGAUAGCUGCAUAUGCCCCUCUAAUGCACAUCUCAGAAGGACUGGGGAACAGGUCAGGGUAGAGCCAGAAGUGCCCUUGAGAGCCCUUUUCAGCCCCUACCCUGGCCCCCAGAAGAGCAUAGCCUGCUUGAAAGCCCUAUCCCAGCAGGGAGUGGGGACAUGAGGAUUCCUCCACCCCACACCCUCAGGAGAGAUCUAUCUCUUCCCCUGCUUCCUCUCCCUGACCUUUGGGCCCAGACGUUAGAGGACCGGGCACUGAGAUGUAACUAGCUGCUGGAAGGAAGUCCGCAAGUCUGUGUGACUGUGUGUGUGUAUCUUCACUUGCGGAAGUCUUGCCUGCAGUUGGGAUGUUGGGAACAUCCCCACUGGUGGGGACUAGGACUUGUUUUACCUUUUGAGAGAAUGGCCCCCUGUGCAGAGGGGAAGAGCUUUUGAGUUAGACAUUUUCCCUAUGGGAAUCCUCUUGGUUUGGUUUGUGGGAAGGGGGAAUGGAUAAGUGGUUAUUAUCUCUAGUCGUCAACACAGCCGUCCUUACACUAAAUUUGUGCUAUUGCAUAUAUGUAGCCAUCUUUCUUUUCACUGCAGCAGUGUUUAUCAGUAGUUCAAAAUGAUUUAUUUGCUCCUGGGGAGUAAAACCUUUUUUAUUAAAAAAGAAAAAAAGAAAAAAAGAAAGGUGUGCCCCACUAUGAUAGCUGUAGGAUUAUUGGGCCACAGAGGUCAACCCUGCACGUCCCCAUGGUGCAUACUAUUGGUGAUGGAGCCUUCAUGCUCAGUAGUGACAGGAGGCCUUGAACAAGUAGAAAACAAGUUUUGGAGGAGUGAGAUGGGGUUGAAUCACCAAGAUAACAGCACUGGGGACUCAGGUAGUACAGUUGAAAACAGAGGAAUGAGUUAAGAGUACUGAUUCUAUAAUCUGCCAGAGAAAGGGAUCUUUCUUUACAUGCAGAUUUCAUACAUCUGUCUUUGUCCUUUUCAUUGCUUGGCAUCCUGGUAGGUGUCACCUAAUUUCUCCCCUCUCCCUCCUGUCCUUCCUGCCCUUGGUCCUGUCCCUACUCUCAUCUACCUCCCGGGAAGCCAAUCCUGCAUGCUGAGUUUAUGACAUGCCUUCACUCCCAUUUCAUCUUCAGAGGGUUUUAGAGGGUCCCUGAAGCUGCUCCCUACCCCAUCUAUCCCUCCUCAAUGCCAAGAAGCAUGAAGGAGGAGGCAAAAGCAGCCAGCUGUGGCGGACAGACACCAACAUGGAUCGCAGCUGGACUGUGAUCACAGCUGCUCCUGGAGACAGAGUAUAAGGAAAAUAGGACGCUCUUCUUCAGAACCCACCUGGGCGACCCCUGCUGUACUUGCAGGUCCACCCAGCUGCGUCCUCAGCUUCCCAACCAGCUCAGGUGGAGCGGCAGGCUGGUCUGACCACUCCAUCCCUGGUGCUCCCCAGAGGGACAGGCAGGAUCCAGGCACUACUCUGGGCAGGCCAGGCAUUGGGAUGCCCAAACUGGUGCUGCCCAUGGCAUGGGCACUGCUGUGCAUUCUGGUUGUUUUUCAGAAACUCCGUGGUAAGGGGUGUCAUUCUGGGCUUGGUGGUUGCCAGUUGCUCACCAGAGGGGAUCCACACCCCCUGCAACCACUCUGUCCUGCUUAGCCACCCCUGCCCUCCAAGCCAAAGCGUGGCCUGGCUUUCGUCUUCCCAUUUAGUUUUCCUCCUUUAUUCUCCCCUUUUAUGCUUAAUUUAUUAAAAUAGUUGCUGUAUAAUUUAUUUUCAUAAAGUAUAAAAAAUAACUAAAUGGUUAAAAUAGACUUGCAGGCCAAUCUUUAAUGGGGGAGGGUCUGGGGUGGGAUGGGGAGAGGGAAAGAUGUUUUGAUAUAAACAAAACAAAUGCACUUUGGGUGUGUUUUGGUAUUUUUCUGGGCAGAGGGGUGGGUGAUGGGAUGUCCCUGUAGAUUAGUUCCAGAAUGGGUGUCUGUAAAUACUGUAUUAAUAGGCAUGUUUGACUCUUGUAAAGGGACAUUAGUAGCUGCUGCAGGUCCUGUUGGAAACCCCAUUUACAAUUCCCAGUUUUUUGUAAGUGUCAGUGCGGGAGACAUUUGACUCUUGUGUUUGUAUCUCCUUUUUAUGAUUGCUGUACCCGACCCAUGUCUUUUUGGGGAGGGGUGAAAAGAGAUUUGAAAUAAAAAUGUUU